GAUCCCGAUGAAGGCGAAGAAGGUUGACAUGUCAGCGGCAUAGAAAGCCCAAUCCGUGGUCGGCCGUCCUCCUCCUCCGGCUCGCCUUCUUCUUCUCCGACUUCCUCCGACUCCCUCGCUCCGCCACCGCUCGCCUGCGCUGCGCAACGCGACGGAGGGGGCAGGUGCGCUCGCGCCGGACUGACUGACCAUUUCCGCCGUCUCCGCUCUCCACCUAACCUCUCCAACGCCCACCUAAUCACCUCGUCAAACGCAAGGAUCCAACAAAAGCCCGGACGAAUUUCCAUAUUUGUUUUCUCGCUCUCUCUCUCUAGAAGGGUGGAGGAGAGGUGGUCCUCGCUUGCAGGGAGGCCAUGGACGCGCCGGCGUCGGCCUCGUCGCCGGUCGAGUUCCUGCUGCGCCGCCCGACGCCGCGCAGGAGGCGCCUCCCGCUGGCCGGCGCCUUCUUCGCGCCCAGCGGCCUCUCAGGCGCGCCGCUGCUCCGCGCCCUCUCCUCCCUCGCCGCGGGCCUCCUCAACACACCGCGCCCACCCUCCCAGCCGCGGAACCUCGCGGCGCUCGCCCGCCGCCUCGCCCUCCUCGACGCGCUCCUCUCCUCGCUCCUCCUCCACCACGACAACAACGCAUCCCCGCCGCCGCGCUUCUCCGACGCCGCCGACCUCUGCUUCCGGGAGCUCUACGUCGUGCUCUUCCGCGCCGAGCUGCUCGUCUCCCACGUCGCCUCCGCCGGCCGCGCCUGGGCGCUGCUCCGGGGCCCGCACCUCGCCGCCUCCUUCCGCGACCUCGACGCCGAGCUGGCCGUCGUGCUCGACGUGCUCCCCGCCGCCUCCCUCCGCCUCUCCCCGGACGCGGCCGGCCAUCUGAACCUCCUCCGCGCCCACUGCAGCCGCCGCGCGCCGGCGCAGUACCACGACCCGGACGAGGCCUUGCUGCGGGACCGCCUGCUCGCCGCGCUGCACCACUUCGAGCUCGGCCACCCGCCCGACGCCACCCUGCUCAAAUCCCUCCUCGCCAGCAUCGGAAUCUCCGACGCCGCCUCCUGCCAGGCCGAGAUCGAGUACCUCGACGAGCAAAUCCUCAGCCAGGAGGAGGACACGGACCUGCUCCUCGUCGGCGGCGUGCUCGCGCUGCUCCGCUACAGCCUCUUCUCCCUCUUCGACCCCGCCAACGCCAGGGCCGCCCGCUACUGGCCGUCGGCGGGCAACGUGCAGCGCCUUCCCUCCUGGGGCGGCAGCGGAUGCGACGACACCUCCUUCUCGGUGCCCAAGGAGUUCUCCUGCCCGAUCUCCCUCGACCUCAUGCGCGACCCCGUCGUGGUCUCCACCGGCCAGACCUACGACCGCCCCUCCAUCAUCCAGUGGAUCGGGGAGGGCCACUCCACCUGCCCCAACUCAGGCCAGGUGCUGGCGGACAACCGCCUCGUGCCCAACCGCGCGCUCCGCAGCUUGAUCUCCCAGUGGUGCGGGGUCUACUGCUUCCAGUACGACUCGCCCGAGAGCAACGAGGGGAUGGCCGAAUGCGUCGCCACCGCCUGCAGCAGCAAGGCAGCCGUCGAGGCCAACAAGGCCACCGCCAGGAUUCUGGUCAGGAUGCUGGUGGAGGAUUCCGACACCGCAAAGGCUGUCGCUGCCAAGGAGAUCAGGCUGCUCGCCAAGGCCGGGAAGCAUAACCGGGCAUUCAUCGCCGAGCUCGGCGCCAUCCCGUUGCUCUGCAGGCUGCUCCCGUCGACGGAUCAGAUGGCGCAGGAGAACGCGGUGACGGCGCUGCUCAACCUGUCCAUCUACGAGCCGAACAAGACACGGAUCAUGGAGCAGGAGGGUUGCUUGCGGCUCAUCGUCAACGUGUUGCAGAAUGGGUGGACUACCGAGGCCAAGGAGAACGCAGCAGCAACUCUGUUUAGCCUCUCCGUCGUCCAUGACUACAAGAAGAUGAUCACCAACGAGCCAGGAGCUCUGGAGAAGCUGGCCUCUAUGCUGAAAAAGGGGACGCCGAGGGGGAGGAAAGAUGCGGUGAUGGCGCUAUUCAACCUCUCGACGCAUCCAGAGAGCUCAAGCCGGAUGCUUGAGUCAAGCGCGGUUGUAGCCUUAAUCGAAGCCCUGAGGAACGACACCGUGUCAGAGGAAGCCGCCGGUGCUCUGGCUCUUUUGAUGAAGCAACCUUCCGUUGUGCAUCUUGUUGGGAGCUCUGAAACCGUGAUCACCAGCCUCGUCGGAUUAAUGAGGCGAGGAACUCCAAAGGGCAAGGAGAAUGCAGUGUCAGCUCUAUACGAGAUCUGUCGCCGUGGAGGCACGACCUUGGUGCGGAGAGUAGCAAAGCUUCCGGGGCUGAACACGGUAAUACAGAACAUCACGCUGACUGGAACGAAGCGCGCCAAGAAGAAAGCGAGCUUGAUCGUCAAGCUGUGCCAGAGGAGCCAAAUGCCGUCAGCAAUGUCCCUAGGGACUAACUUAAGAGUGGUCGAUCAUUCUUUGGUAGGGAACAGCUCGCUGAGGCGCGCCGCGAGCUUUGGCAGCGGAGAGUUGUCGAACCCUGUUUCAAUAUCAGUGCCCGUGCCGUAGGUGAAUCUGGCAUCCCGGCAUAAUCUUACAUCUGGCUGGCUGGCGAGUUUUGCCCAAUGAUUCUUUCAUUUCAUGCUCAGGAUGAAAAGGUAUACGAAAUUUAAUCCAAAGGAAUUAAUACUUGCGAUACAUCACGCCUGUGUCUGUCUGUCUGUGUGGGGGAAAAUGUGGAUAACUGGUGCCCAUACAUAUAGUACUAGUCUACUAGAUGUACAUGUAGAGCUCCAGCUUGAUGUUUUGUUUGCAAGCUUGGACAUUGUUCCAUUUUUGUUCAAUUUAUGGGGGAAAAAAGAACACAAACGCUACUUGUUGUAAACUACUGGGAUAAUAAUUUGUAGCUUGUGUUGAGGUGUAACAAUGGAAGGGAAUGACAAAUCAUUUCAUUGGUGGUAUUGUACCAUUGUAAUAGAAAGUUGUAACAGAAAAACAGAUUGAAUAUCAGGUAGCUUUGUAGAAGAAA